AUGGCCAACGAGUUUGACAUCUUUGAAGCAAGUGAAUUUCUAUCUAUCUUUACAAUGCAUUUGAGGAAUUCGCUGUGUGCGUUUGGUGAAAGGUAUUGGAGAUCAUUAGGCAUGUCGUUUAUACUCCAAUAAUCAAAAGAAAACGCAUUUGCUAUUCGGCUUACAACCACACGUGAAGGGAAAGAAUUGGCAGACAAAGUAAGUCUCUUAGCACCAUGGUAAACGUGAAAAAAUAAGCUAGCAACUUUCGCAGCCAAUUGUGCAUCUGCGAUCGAUAAUGCCCUUCCAAUUGGUGUCAAUGACGUCAUAUGAAGCUUUUCCGGUCCUUUCAAAGACAACAAUCUCUUUGUCUUUUUUGCUUCGCGAUGAAUUUCGCUGUUCAGAUGGUCGGAAACGACGCUUUUACGGUAUAUAGUCCCCGGUCCUUGAGCAAUCGCUGGAAGUUUAGCUUUCCUGCUGAAAAUCUUGACGACAUUGGGGUUCGAAAAGCAUGUCUUACAACGCACAUAGUGGCGACCAUUCUUGUGUAAGUGUUUCAGAUUAUCCUCUUUUGGCUCUUUAGUGUUUUUCUCUGAUGUCUUUGCAGUUUUACUUGGUCCUUGAUCCUCAUUAUUCAUUAUUAUUAAAUGUUAAGUUUAUAUUCGCGUCGGAUGUUUUUUCAAUGUUGAAAAAGUUAAAAAGGCGCGAACAAUUCUGCGCCUUUGUAUUUACGUGUCAGCAGCUUACCACGGGAAUCCUGUCUAAUCCAAUCUAAUCACAACCAGCUGUACACAUAUAUCCUAUUUAUACUUGUAAUAUCCCAUUGAUUCCCUCUAAAACAAACAUGGCGGUGAAAAGUUGCUCAAGAAAAUUAAUACAGGAUUACAAAUCCGAAAUAUUUAAUAAAGCGAACGUAGAAUAUGUGUAUCGGCGUAAAACGAAUGGAAUUUGAAACAGUGGUGUUCACUGGAAUUCAGAAAUAACGCUAUAUUUCCUGCUUGAUCGGAUAAGGUAGCUGGUGAAUUUUUAUAGAAUUAUAGUAUAAAUAUAUUUAUUUGUUGACAUCGCAAUCAUUGAGGAUAUUUUAUGCGAAAUUAUUUCUUCAUUCUUGAUUCUUCGGCGCCUCGCAUUCUUGAUUUAUUGGGUUAUAAAUACUUGUCUUAAGUUGAGUGAACUGACUAUUAUAUAGUUUUAUGUACUUUAUCUACCAUUAUUAACAAAAACUAAUUAAAUUACUGCAUUUGUCAAUAACUGGCAUUUAUUUUGUUUAUUAUAUUUUAAUAACUUUCCAUCAAUGAUUUAUAAUAACAAGUUUACAAAUUUAAGCUGCCAGUUGUAUUGUUACCCAAGAUCCGACAUUAUUGACCUUGUUGAAACCAUUGCCAUUGGGUAUACCGCAAAGAUAAAAUGUGCAGUUCUACAUUUUUCUUAAAAAAAACCCUGUCUGACACCUCAAUGAACAAGUCUAUCGAAAUAGUCAAAUGUGCAAACGUUUUAAUUAAACAUUUUGAGUGAGAUAUUGCGGAAUUAAUGUUAUACAAGGUUCAGAAAUUCUAACCCUCCUUUGUUGAUAUCUGUAACAAAGGAGGGUCAGAAUUUCUGAACCUUGAUAUAAUAAUGAUCCCGCAAUAUCUCACUCAAAAUGUAAAGCCAAAACUAAAGCCUGCUGCCAAAAUGGAAAGCUUUAACACGAAAGGUUCAGAAUUUCUGACACGCCAAUGAACAAGUGCAAAGAAAAAGUAAAAUACGCGAACGUUUAUAUAUCAGUAACAAAGUAGGGUCAGAAUUUCUGAACCUUGUAUAUAACAGAAUUCCGCAAUAUCUCACUCAAAAUGCAAAGCUUUAACAUGAAAGGUUCAAAAUUUCUGACACCCCAAUGAACAAGUGUAUCAAUAUAGUCAAAUAUGCAAGCGUUUAUAUCUGCAUGUAACAAAGGAGGGUCAGAUUUUCUGCCGGAAACUUGUAUAAUAAUAAUUCCGCAAUAUCUCACUCAAAAUGCAAAGCUUUAAUAUGAAAGGUUCAGAAUUUCUGACACCCCAAUGAACAAGUCUAUCGAAAUAUUCAAAUAUGCAAACGUUUAUAUCUGUAACAAAGGAGGGUCAGAAUUUCUAAAUCUUGUAUAAUAAUAAUUCCGCAAUGUAAAUGAACAUUUAUAAAUAAAAGGUUAUAUUACUGUAAAUAUAAAACUUAUUUAAGAGUUAUACAGUACAACAUCAGAGUUCCUGGCACAACUUUGAAAUAAAAUUAAUUUAAAUUAGACAGUUCACUUACGAAAACAGCUUUCCUACAAAAAUACUGAACACGUUAAUUUACUUAGCUUUCCUACAAAAAUAUUGAACACGUUAAUUUAAGAAACUUAUAACUAUACUAAAAAGAAGCAGUACAUGUUUUUAGCAAAACUGAUGAACAACAUUCGACAAAGUCAAAUGCAUAAAUGGUCAAAACAAACUUGUCCCAUACUUCAUGACGUCCCGCACUAAAUCAAUUCUUAUCAUUUCCUUAAUUUAAAGGAAAAUUGACAAAAAAAUGCUUUACAACUUAUUUGAAACGACUUUCCAAGCUAUUAUACAUCGUAUUUCAAUAUUUGCUCUUUCCACACUUAAGAUCUAGAGUUGGGAUAUUUUUGAGAUCAGUGGACCAUAGUCACGCUCCGUGAUUAUUGAUGAACUGUACACAUCGCAAAUGACUUCCUUUCUCCUGGAGUAAAUACCCGAAACUGCAUUUCACGCCAGGAAAUGGGGAAUAUACGAAUUAGAGAUUGAAAAUAGGAAAAUAAAAAUCCGGAUCUUUACUCGGGGAAUAUACGAAUUAGAAAUUGAAAACAGGAAAACAAAAUUCCGGUCUUGUUUCAUUGACAAAUUUCAUUUUUCAGUUUCAUGGAGGAAAACGAACACAACACAAUAAAGAUAUAUCGACGGGAGAUUAAUGCGCACAGUAUACGAGGUUUCUAUUUCGUGAAAGAAUAUAUCAGCUAUUUUACUUUUGCUGCAGUGAUUUAGUUUUAAAGUUAUGGGAUCGCGGCUCUGCCAACGAUACUGUAGAAAUUACUAGUUGGUAGUGAAAUAUUAAUUGGAUAUUCAGAUAAAAGACACACAAAAUACAAUAGACAUGGACCAAAUUGGAUUCGCAACUUCACAUCCAGCCAUCCAAGCGAGUUAGAAAAAAUACGGUGCUGAAGACAAAAUACUCAUUUAAAAGUAGGGUAAAAUUCGGUUCGCGAACUAAUAGUUUUUGAACAGUCCUUUUUAUGCUCAAGGUAAUAUGUUUUGCUGAAACAAUUGCACUUGCUCCAUCACAAUUUAAAAACUGUACUUAAAUCCGUUUUGAAGUCCAGGCCUACACUCCCUACAGUAGAGUGGUAACAGUAGCCAUGAUUCACGGAACCGGUUCGUUAGGUUGGUAUCGUCAUGUGUGUUACCCACUCUAAUCUUCAACUUACUUCGUAAUCGUCUUCUUCUUACGCUAAAUUUUUAUUGAGCUAUCAUUACGCCCCCUCGAUACUAGCUCUUCGUAGUCUUCUAACACGGCUCUGAUAAUAACUGGCUUUCUUCCACAGGCCCCAGGGAAAGGAAAGAAGUAAGUGUCCUUCUAAUAAAUUUUCCAUUUGUGGUUUUCUUUACCUAGUUACCAGAAAAAAAGACAGGAGACAGGAGAAUCCAAGCCCAAACCUGAAUUUGAUCAUGAUCUGUUAUCAGGUAUAGAAGAUCAACUGACAGGCAAAGAGAAAAAAGGCCACUAUGGAAAAAUGAUUUCUUACAUCCUAAGUACCGUGAAAGCUGGUUGCUCAAUAACGAAAGUAUUUGAUGGUUUAACAGCCCUUAAAAAGAUGAAGGACCAUGUUGGUAAGGUGGAAACUCUACUAGACAACCUGAUCAAAACGUCCCAUUCCAAGGAGGACAUUAUAAAAGAAGCUCAAAAUUUCCAUGCCAAAAAUUGCACAGGUGUGAUGGAUAACCUCGAUUUUGGUCCUCACAUCGAUCUUAUGGAACUGAACACAGCCAGCGCUGAAAGUGAGGCAGAAAAAAUUAAGACGCCGAUUCUCAACGUCUUCAAAGAUAAACAACGAGAAGCAAGCGAUAACCUGAUCAUAAAUAUGGCGAAAGCUAACGCCGUUGCGACAACAGUUCAAUUUGUGAAGAUUUACUUCGCGUGGAAGACAAUUUCGGCAGCUUCAAAUGUUAUUGAAGAUAAGAAUAAAUUUGUGCAGAUAAAUAAGAAUUUGCAAAAGAUGGAAACCUUCGCCUUGUGCCUGUCCAGAAAAACAGGUUACUGUCAAUACUUUCCCAAUGACUAA